UUCUGAGGUUGGCGGUUUUGUUAAUUUAUAACGGGUUUUUGUUGCUGUGUUACUCAGAGAGAGAUUGUACAAAGUGUUUGUUGUAAUGCUUAUGUUAAUUUUGCUAUGACCUUGGUUUUUGUGUUGGUUUUUGGCAUUGGAGAUGGAGGUUUAGAGAGGUGAAAAAUGCAGAGAAGGUGUUUAGUUAAAUGCAGCUAUAACGUGGGUUUUGGUAUAGAUGGGUUUGAUGAAGUGCAGCUAUAAAGUGGAUUUUGGUAACGAUGAUGCAGUUUGGGUUAUUUGAGUACUGACAAAUUAUGAUGUCCCAUGGAUGGGCUAGACGUGUUCCAUUCUAGACGAACACACACACACUUAUGUAUAACAGAGCAAAUUUAUGUAAAUUAAAGCAGCUAGAGGGAGAAUAAUUGCAUGGAAGAAGAGGCUUACGGCUGCUUGGCUUGUUGAGGCCUAACUGAACAAAUUGAUCAAUGAAGUGCAUAUAAUCGAACUAUAUAUAAGAGUAAAGAAUUAGAAGGAAAGAAAAGAUGAGCGUUGUGCCAAAGGAGGCAAUUGAGGUCGUUGCACAGAGCAUUGGAAUCACAAAUUUGUCCCCAGAUGUUGCUCUCGCUCUUGCUCCUGACGUCGAGUACCGGGUCCGCGAGAUCAUGCAGGAGGCAAUUAAAUGCAUGCGCCACUCGAGGCGGACUAGUCUGACAUCCGAUGAUGUGGAUAGUGCUCUUAAGUUAAGAAAUGUGGAUCCAAUAUAUGGCUUUACAUCUGGAGAUUCCCUGAGGUUCAAAAGGGCUGCUGGACACAAGGAUUUAUUCUAUAUUGAUGACAAGGAUGUGGAACUUAAAACCGUGAUUGAAGCACCUUUGCCUAAAGCACCACUUGAUACAUCAGUUACUGCUCACUGGCUGGCAAUUGAAGGUGUUCAGCCUGCAAUUCCAGAAAAUGCUCCAGUUGAAGCACUUGCAGUGCCAUCUGAUGGCAAAAAAUCUGAGAACACAGAAGAUAGACUUCCCAUUGACCUUAAAUUACCUGUUAAGCAUGUUCUAUCCAGGGAGCUUCAGCUAUAUUAUGAAAAAAUCAAAGAGUUGACUGUGAAUAAGUCUGGUUCCGUCCUCUUCAAACAAGCAUUAGUGAGCUUGGCAACAGAUUCAGGACUGCAUCCCUUAGUUCCUUACUUCACAUACUUCGUCGCUGAUGAGGUUACACGUAAUUUAAAUAAUUUCCCUCUCCUAUUUGCUUUGAUGCGUGUUGUUCGAAGGCUUCUUCAAAAUCCACACAUUCAUAUCGAACCUUAUCUACAACAAUUGAUGCCAUCUGUUAUUACAUGCCUUGUCGCAAAAAGAUUAGGGAAUAGAUCUUCUGACAAUCAUUGGGAGCUUAGGAACUUCACAGCAAACCUAGUUGCUUCAAUAUGCAAAAGCUUUUUCAGAUAUGGGCAUGUUUAUCACAAUCUUCAGCCACGUGUCACAAGGACUCUGCUUCAUGCAUUCUUAGACCCGACCAAAGCAUUGCCUCAACAUUUUGGUGCUAUUCAGGGACUAGCAGCCCUUGGACCCAAUGUGGUUCGUCUGCUCAUAUUACCAAAUCUUGAGCCAUAUUUGCAACUGUUGGCACCAGAAAUGCUACUUGAGAAGCAAAAGAACGAAAUGAAGAGGCUUGAAGCUUGGCGUGUUUAUGGGGCCUUGCUGUUUGCGGCUGGCCAAUGCAUGUACGAUCGGCUCAAGAUGUUCCGCAGUUUGUUCUUUCCACCAACUCGUGCCAUCUGGAAGAUCAAUGGAAAAGUUGCAACUACCAUGCUAAAUAAACGCAAGGCGAGCACGGACAACUUGAUGCAGCAACCACCACACAAAAAAAUAGCAACAGACGGCACAAUGGGUGUAAUACCAACGAACUCCAUUCAAACUGACAGGCAAGGGGCUGCAGGUGGGUAUUCAACUGCUGUAGGGGGCUCCAAUGUUGGUUUAUCAUCAAUGUCACGGCCGUUACCAACUGAAAACAUGUCUGGAAAGGAGGUUGGUGGUAGAGUGGCAAAAGCGUCCACUGUUGUCUCUCAGGCUUGGAAGGAGGACAUGGAUGCAGGACAUUUGUUGGCAUCUUCGUCUGAAUUUUUUGGUGAAAGUUUGUACUCCUUUGCCCCAAAACCUGAGUUGUCCUUCUUCUUGUGAUUAAUUCAAUAUCAACAGGAGUAAUCAUUCUCUAGAAUGUGUAAAUUAUCUGUUAAAUUCUUGUUUUGACAUGAGGGUAUAGAUACUGAGCAAAUAUGUAAAAUCUGUUGAUAAAUGUCGAUUAGUCUAAAAUUGGAAGUUGAACGCCAACUUUGUAGGAACCUCUCUUCUAAUGAUAAUUUGUUUACAAUA